AAAAAAGCAAACCCGAGUACGACUUAACGUUAUGCACUCAAAUUUCGCCUAAACUGUGCUCAUUCCCUUCUUUCAUUCUCGCUUUUCCUCUCAAGCUCUCGUUCGUCGCCAACGGUCAUUUACAGGCUUAAAACAAGGAAAAUUCUGUUAAGCUAGGAUUUAUAUUUAAUUAACUCUAAACUCUGAUUCUCCUUUUUUUUUCUCCUUUGAUGUGAGAUUUUCAGGAGGGUUUAUAGGGUUUUGGAGAAGAGUGAGGUUAAUAAUCUGCGAGAUUGUGAGGAUUCAAUUUUGUGAGUGCACAGCAAUGGUAGCGACAGUGUCCGCAGCGGUAAACCCCAAACAUCGCGGAGGAGUAACACAGCCACACGGCCAACACCAAAUCCCCUCACGGCCUCCUUUAUUGCCUUCCGACCCCGACAAUGCCAUCGCUCCCCGCCGUCAAAAGUUCCGUGAAGUCACUUCUCGUUAUUUGUCCACACCGUCAUCCUCCUCAAAUUCUUCUAUAUCAUCGUCGUCUUCUUUCGCGGCUGCUAGCAAACGGUGUCCAUCGCCGUUCGUUUCGACGUCAACGACUCCAUCAGCUAUCAAGCGGUCGCAAUCGGUGGAGCGGAGACAGGCGGUGACGCCGCGGCCUAACAAUUCUAUGAAAUUGAGAAGUAGUGACGGUAACAAUAAUGGCGAAUUAUCCGCUGCUCAGAAGUUGCUCUUCACUUCGACAAGAAGCUUAUCUGUCUCGUUUCAGGGAGAUUCGUUUCCCUAUCAAUUUAAUAAAGCUAAACCGGCUCUAUCUCCAAGCGCGGCAAGGAAGGGCACGCCGGAGAAGCGAAAACCAACGGCGAUCACAACGACACCGGGUAGAGGAACAGAUCAAACGGAGAAUUCAAACACAGAGCGGUUGCCGGCGAGCUUCAGAAAACCAAAUUCGAUGAGCCGAAAGGUGGAUUGCACCGUCGAGAGGAAGAGGCUAAACGGAUCUGUUAACGGAAAUGUAGUUAGGGCACUACAAAAUUCCAUGAUUGAUAAUAGGGAUUCAACGGCCGUUACUGCCCUUGGAUCUGAGGCUCAAUGUGAUCCCUCGGCUUCGGAUACUGAAAGUGUUUCCUCUGGAAGUACUUCAGGAGCUCCAGAAGGUUCUUGUAAUGGUAACGGAGACGUUAAGCGUGGGCCUCGGGGGAUAAUUGUCCCAGCCCGGUUUUGGCAAGAGACUAAUAGUCGGUUACGCAGGUCCGAUCCUCUUUCGCCGGUUUCUAAGAAAAAUACCGCUCCCUCUAAGAUAAUUGCACCGGAAAAGUUCGGCAUUGAUAGUCCUUCAUCGUCUCCGAAAGGUGUAGUGAAUAGCAGGGGACAGUUAUCGCCAGUUCGUGGAUCAAUUCGGCCUGCAUCACCAGGUAAGCUUGGGGCCUCCACUACUUCGUCUCCUUUGAGGGGAAUGAGUCCCUCUAGAGUGAGGAGUGGAUUGGCUAGUAAUUUGGUAAAUACUCCAUCAAUUUUGAGCUUUAAUGGUGAUGUUCUUAAGAUGGGUAAGAUUGGGGAGAAUAAGGCUUCGGAUGCUCAUUUUUUGAGGCUACUUCAUAAUAGGCUGUUGCAAUGGCGUUUUGUUAAUGCUAGAGCAGAUGCUGCUAUGUCUUCCCAGAAGUCUAAUGCAGAGAAAAGUCUCUGUGGUGCAUGGAUAACUACCUCAAAACUUCGAGAAUCUGUUAGAGCCAAAAGAACUGAGUUACAGCUGCUGAAGCAAAAGUUGAAGCUGAUUUCCAUCCUAAAGGGGCAAAUGAUUCUUUUGGAUGAAUGGGAUGUUGUAGACCAUGAUUAUUGCAGUUCAUUGUCUGCAGCUACCGAAGCUUUGAUGGCAAGCACACUCCGCCUUCCAGUUGUUGCUGGGGCAAGGGCUGAUGUCCCAAAAUUGAAGGAUGCUAUAUGUUCAGCUGUGGACGUAAUGCAGGCAAUUUCCUCCUACAUCUGCCCAUUGUUUUCUAAGAUUGCAGACGUCAACUCUUUGAUGGGAGAACUUCGACAUAUAAGUUCAAAUGAGAUUGCUUUACUUGACCACUGUCAAGAACUUGUAUCAACAAUUGCAGCUAUGCAGGUGAAAGAAUGUAGCCUGAGAACACACAUAUUACAACUAAAUCAAUUACCAUCCAGCAUAACAACGAAAUUGUAAAGCUCGUGGUGAUUUUCACUGCUUUCCUCUAAUAACUAACAUGACAUCAACCACCAUUUCCAUUUCAUCCAAACUAAAUAAUCAACUAAACCCUUGUGGUUUUAUUGCAACCAGUUUGUGCCUCAAAACAUCUAUUUUUACCCAAUUAAACCCUCGAUUGAGCGUAAAUUGGGUGGAAGCAUAUGUUUGAAGAUAUAAUUGAUUGCAGUUAAAGAAUACAGGUUUGGAUGAUUAUAUAAUUUUAGUUCCGGGGCUUUUUGUAUAUUCAGGUCCCGAAUUUAUGGUGCCAAAGGUAAAUAAGUUUCCGAUGACCAAAUCCAAUUUUUCAAGCUUGAGAGAGAAUUUGGUCUUCUGUUAUGAUAUAUGAAAUUUUAGCUAUAUGUGUAUUUUGAUGUUGUGUGGGCGGGGGGAGUUAUUUUUCAAUGUGAAAUAGUUUUACAGGGGCCCUUUUUUACCCUUUUCCUUAGGCCAAAGGAAAGUAUGUAUUUUUUUUUGUAUAAAUGAUGCUUCCAAUUUUAGUUGAAGGUUCUUAGUAUUUGUCGUUGUUUGCUUUCAUCUAA